AUGGCGGAAGAACCCACCUUGCCGCACAUGCCCGCAGUGUCCUGGGAUGCUGAGACACAGACCGUCAACCAUGGGGGCACACGCAAACGCGGUCGUGGCGGUGCCGCAUUGUCAUCAAUUUUCUCUAACUCGAGCGAUCCUGCUGUCUUCUCCAGUGAUGAUGACCCGCAUGUAGAUAAUUAUACACAAGGGCACCGUUGCAAGAAGAGGUAUGUUGGAUCGUGGUAUCAGCAACAUCCAGCUGGUUCAGGCGAUUCGACAUUUGGUAACGAAGGUCCGAAACCAAUAUCCAAGUCAAAGAGGACUCUCGAGCGUCACUUCGACAGCGGUGUCUGGAUGGGCAGUGACAUGUCCACAGACAUCGAGGAUGCUAUUGAAAUCCAGCAACCUGCCACAAAUCGCCUGCCGCAACCAAAUACGGCGCGGCCAACCAUAUCAGCGGCUGAGCAGAGUGCUCGUCAAAGGAUCACGGCUGCCAUCGAGCAUGGUCAGGAAGAUGUUGAUCUCACGUCACUCGGUCUCGAGACCUUAUCCAACGCCACCAUUGCACCGCUAUCAGAGCUGGCAGUGAUCCCAACUGUUGCCCCGGGCACACCUUUCGAACAUACGGACCCAUCACUAAAAGUGUACUUGUCCAGCAAUCCUCUGAUACGGGCACCUGGGGCUCUUUUUAAUCUAGAGUUUUUGACGGUGCUUAGCCUCCGCAACACUCAAAUUUCCGAACUGCCGCCUGCAAUAGCCAACCUCAGAAACCUGAAGACGCUGAAUCUAUCCCUCAAUCGGCUCAGAUAUCUACCUGCGGAGCUUCUUGACCUGAUGACAUACCCAGGGAAGCUGAAAGAGCUGAUGGUCCAUCCCAAUCCAUUCCACCAGCCCGAGGGCUGUCCAAAUAUCCCCGCAUUGCAAGACGAUCUUCGCAACACCACAGAGGAAUUUCACUAUUCUGCAGUCGAAGCGUCAGUAUGUGACGAGAACUGGCAAGCUCUAGCCCUCGCGCGAACUCCAGUACAGUACACGGAUAGCCGUGGAAUCCCGACUUCCAGGUUUCGACUGCCGAUGCAUGUCGACUGCACAGAAUCCGUAUCAGAUGACCGAUCUCCCUUGACGAUAGAGACCGAGGAACUGACGGCGGCCCCUUUGCUUCCGCGAUCCACUUGGGAAUCGCCCACAUCUGCAACUUCUAGAAGUCGUGUGCCGUCUCUUCUCGAAGUGGCGCUCAUAGCCUGCUCGCGCACAGCUCAACUCCCUCAACUGCCAUCUUUACUCCCCGACAGUGCACCUCCUCAUAUGUUCAGCCUUCUUCGUAGCAUCGCAAAUCAGAGCGACGCAAACGCGAAUUCUGGCGAUGUGCCCUGCUCAACCUGCAAACGACGUAUUAUCGUUCCUGUAGCACAGUGGAUUGAAUGGUGGAAUAUAUCGCGUCUGUCCCUAAUGCAACACACACUGCGGAACCCAGGGACACCUGACGUAACCCAUUGGUGGGUGAAAAGCUCGGCCCUUUCGACUGGGACCGAGGAGCGCGCAGUACCGUUUUGGAGAAGAGCUUGUUCUUGGGCUUGUCUUCCA